AUGACAGUGGCAACCAGAGAUAGCAGGCUCCAGGCGGAGGUGGAAAAAAUCGAGAACUGGUGGAAAUCUGAAAAACAGAGCAGGCUCCAGCGGCCGUAUUCGGCCCUCGACGUGGCCAGAAUGAGAAACUCCAUUGAGCUGAACCACCAUGUAUCCUCGCAGCAGGCCGCCAAGUUAUGGAAGUUAUUUGAAGACAAGAUAGCCAAGCAGGAGCCCCUGCUCACUUACGGCGCAGUCGACCCGAUUCUGCUGUCGCAACUGUCCAAGGCCGGACUCGAGAUCGGUUAUGUCAGUGGAGCCGUGUGUGGUUUUUCCAACGUGGCCGAGCCGUCAAUGGACACUGCCGACUAUCCUUGGGACACGGUUCCCAACACCGUGCAAAAACUAGUCAACUCCCAGUUAUGGCACGAUCGGCGCCAGAACCAUUUGCGCUCUCUCAUGACCCCGGAGGAGCUUGCUGCCACGCCAGAAAUUGACUACCUGGUUCCUCUCAUCGCCGAUGGCGAUAUGGGUUUUGGCAGCACCACGGGAAUCAUGAAACUCACCAAGAAGUUUGUGGAGGCAGGCGUGGCUAUGUUCCAUCUUGACGACCUGGCCAUAGGAAUGAAACGGUUCACAAUCGGCGAGGGCAGAACUGUGGUGCCCACAUGCGAGUAUCUCAAACGGCUCACGGCAGCGCGGUUCCAGUUGGACCUCAUGGGCGCCGAGACACUGCUCAUGGGCCGUGCAGACUCGCUGCACGCCGAGUACAUAACCUCGGUUAUCGAUCCACGUGACCACGGUUAUGUACAAGGCGUGACAAACCCGGAGUGCGAGCCACUGCUGGCGACGAUGGUGAAGGCGCAGCGGGAAGGUUCCGACUACAAGAGCACGCGCAAGGCGUGGCUGGCGAAGGCGGGGCUGAUGACUUUUGACGAGGCAGUCGAGCAGGUCGCCACGCCAGAGGAGUAUGCGUCGUACAUGGCUCUCUUCAAGGAUUCCAAGUUCAAGAGUAUAACCGAUAGAAGGGCCCAUGCGGCAAAGACAGUUUCCCAGCCAGUGUUCUUCGACUGGGAAGCCGCACGGUCCACGGACGGCCAGUACUUCUUCAAGCACACGCUGGAGCACGUGAUUGACCGCGCCAUAGCAGCAUUGCCUGUGACAGACGCCACCUGGGCACGCAUGGACGCUCCGAAAUGGGACGAGAUUGUGGAGUUUCAUGAAAAACUGCGCGCAAUUGAUAACCGCAGAGCGUACGGGUUUGGGUAUACUGGCCGCUACGACUACCUUGCAGCCGGAUUCACUGAGGAGCAGUUCAAGAACCUUCACUGGGAGCUUGCCAAUCUGGGCAUUGUGUUCCAGACGCAGCCAAUCUAUGCGUGCCAGGGCUUGAACAUGGUGAGUCUUGAGUUUGGUAAGAUGUUCAAGCGGGAGGGAAUCUACGGUUAUGACCGCGACAUUAUUCAGUUCUGUAAGAAAAACAACACCGACGGAUUUGAGACGUCGUGGUGCGGCGCCAAACUGUCGGAUGACCAGAUGUUUGCUGCCGACUCGCUGGACGUGACUUUGCCGUUCUGA